GGGGGAAGCCAGCCCCCCAUCCCUGGAGCAUCAGGCCGUUGUGGUUAUCCCAGCCCAUGCUUCUUUCCCCCACUGGCCUGUUGGGCUCCCCCCAAGACCCAGGGGUCUGCUUGGGUCAGGACUGCGCACGCCUGUUCCCUUCAUGGAGAAGCCUCCAGGCUGUGCUGGGUGCGAGGUUGUGUGUGUCUGGCCUGGCCCUUCACCUGCUUUGGUGAGGAGGCACAGCUGUCUCGUCACGUGAGAGUCAGGCCUCCGUCUGAAAAUGAGGAACAGGAAACUGCUGGUUCCCAAGACCGAAGCCUCCACGAAGCAGACUCGGAUUGUGGCCGCAAGCCUUCUGCCUCCUCGCUUCCCACACCCAGGAUGCGGCAGCCUCUGCCCUUUGGCCGCCGAGCUGCGCCCUCCACCGACGGCACCAGUGCUUAGAGACAGAGGAGGGCAGGGGACCAGAGCCGCCGGGCCAAUACCAGGGUGGCCCCAAGGGAAGUGGCUUCUGAGGGGGGGACCAGGCGGACAGAGAGCUGCAGGCCGGACACAGAACAUUCCUGGUUGAUCUCCAAAGGUGGGAGCCCCCUAACUCAGUGAUGCUGCACUCGCUUUGUGCCCCACAACUGCCGGUGGGCGGGCAAGAGCCACGGCUGAUGCCCGGCAGCUCAAGAUGGUGGCUGGCGCCAUCUGAGCCUUCGCAGGUCUGCACGCGUUGACCUCAAGGCCGCUGCGGGGCUGUCCGUCUGAGGCGGCUGCUGCACAGCCCAGCCCGCCAUGGGGCAGGAUGGAAGACGGGAACCAGCCCCUCCGGGUCUCUGCAUUGGGAAAUUCUGCCCCCCAACUGACUCACUGUUUGUUGAAGCAGCAAGUCUCAUUUCCUUCCCCUUAUUCAAAACCUCCAGAGCACGCGCUGAAGGCCCCCAGAGUCUUGUGAGUCUCAGCCCUGUGAGGAAGACGUCCCCAGCCCUCCGGAGGGAGAAAUGCAGCCCCCCAAGAUCUCUGUGGGGCCAGUCCUGUGGCUCGCCAGCUGGUACCUCCUUGCAGCAGGUCACCCGUCAGCGCAGGAGGAGCCCUGGCAGCCGUGCCCCCAGCAGCCGGGCUCAGCGAACUGCUCCCGCCCCACAAACAGAUCGGUCACUCUGGUGCCCUCGUUCACCAAGACCACCCACCUGACCACCCACCCCACCACUCAUCCCCCGAAGCACACCACCACCCACCACCACCACCACCACCACACCACCACGCCUCGCCACACCACCACCACGGCCCCCGCCAACCAGACCGCCACUGCCCUCCACCCCACCACUGCCAGCAACCAGACAGUGUCACCCCACCACCCCACAGCCCCCGCCAACCACACCACCACUGCCCUCCCCACCACCCACCACCACACUGCAGCCCCACAGCCGACAGAGGAGCCCGUUGUGCCCGUGGGAAAGUACGUCGUUAAGAAAGGACCCACCAUCUGUCUGCGGGCAGAAAUGGGGCUGCAGGUCCAGGUGCGCUACACGGGCAAAGAGAAGCAGGAGCUCUGGGGAGCAUUUCCCGUGCAGCCCAACCGCACCCACGUCUCUGGGACCUGCUCUAACAAGACGGCCACCCUGGAACUGCAUUUCGCAGAAGGCUCCAUUCUCUUCACGUUCAAAAAGGAUGAUGCAAAAAACACGGCUUACCUGAGCCAGGUGCAGGCCAAUCUGACAUACCAGUUUCCCCAGGCUAAAGAGAAGUUCUUCAGCGCCAAUAACGCCUCCCUCUGGGAGUUCGCGGCCCCCCUGGGAAAAUCCUACCAGUGCCACAACCGCAGCGUGGCCCUCAGCGACGGCUUCCGCCUGAACGCCCUGCAGGAGCGCGUCCAGGCUUUUCAGCUACAAGGGGGGACGUUUGGGGAAGCUGAGGUCUGUCCCGAGCAGAAACGCUCCAUCGUCCUGCCCAUAGUUGUGGGAUUGGUCCUCUGCCUCCUCAUCGUGAUUGUCCUGGUGGCUUUCGCUGUGGGCCGAUGGCGAGCCCACACAGGUUAUCAGUCCCUCUAAGACCCCUUCGCACACACUUCAUCGAGCUGCAGCUGGACCAGCAGACCAAGGACUGGACUUGGGGCCAUCCAGCCGCCUGCUGGAGCCACCUUGGGACGGACACGCAAAGACCUCAAAUCCGCUCCUCCGCCAGCUGCUCUUCUCGGACCGGAUUCGAGCAGGGCACCUUCAGGGGAUCCAAGCUUUUACCAAAUAAUCUUGCUGGUUGGGGGUGGGGGGAAGAGGUGGGAUGUUUAAUCUUUACAGAUACCAAUACUGUCAGAUCUGGCCCAAAAAAAGGCAAGGCGGGGUGUUGGAGAAGCACACGGGGCACGAGACCUGGCUGGGUCACGUGGGAAGCUUUUCCUCCAAAGAGGAACGCAGCUGUGGCGAGGCUGCCUCCCAGCCUUCAGACAGCCAAUCUGGGGACGCUUUGAACUCCAUGUGAACCAACUGCUACCUACUCCAGAGUAAACAAAAAGGAACUCCAUAGUUUGGGGGGAGGUUUUGCUUCGACUAUGGAAACGGGAUCGGGGCUUUUCCCACUCUGUGCACAGCAAACCGCAUCACCAACUGAUUUCCCAUUAAAGAUCUUGAAACGCCUC